CUUCUUGUAAAUGCUGUUGCAAUGUGGGCUUCGCCUCGUUAUGCUUGGAAUAUUUACAGACUUCUUGACGAAAUUCAUAGACAAGAACGUGAAGAGAUGGAAAACAAGCUUGAAGCAAAAGACAAAAGCAUUCAGAAAAGAAUACCACGUUCGGUACCAAAAGGUAAGGAAAAGAACUAUAAGUAUAUGAUUUAUACUGAAGAGAUGGAAAAUGAAGAAGACAGAGAUAUGGUUAUGUUGCAUUUAGUCAGAAGAAACAACAAAAGCUUUUACGACCUUGCUAAGAUUUACAAAUCUGACAGAAAUUGGUUCUAUCGCGAAAACUUACCGAUUUCAAUGACACCGAAUGAAGAUGUGAAACAAAUAGUUCAAGAUACGUUACCUCAAACACACUAUGAUAUGAAAGGUUGUACAAUACUUACAUUCAAAGAAGAUUUGUCAUUGUUAAAGGAAAAAAUAACAGAGUAUUUUGACAACUUCAAACAAGUAGGGUAG